AUGGCUUUAGAUCCACGCUUCUACCACCACAUCAGCCAAGGUGGACCUGGCUCGAUCUCAUCCGCCACUUCGUCCGAAUCGUCGGCCCUCACUGGGAUCACUACGCCGAGCGUGAUCUCAACCUCCGCCUCCGCCGCAACGCUACGAUCAACCGCCUCCAGUCCUUCCCUCCGUGCCCGAGAAGGCGUUGCUGUACCAGCUGGGUAUCAAGAUGGAAUGGCUAGUCCUUCACCAGGAGGAAAUGUGCGCGUCGUCGUGCGUGUUAGGAAAUUUCUCCCUCGAGAAAUUCAACGACAGGCAGAAUGUCUCAUCUCGAUGGAUCCCCACACGCAAAUGACUCGCCUGAUUGCACCUAAGCCCAGUCUAGACGAUCGCGACAAGCCGAAAUUCCAAGCGCGGGGCAAAAUCCUGGAGGAUAAAUCUUUUACCUUCGAUAAUUCUUUCUGGUCGCACGACGAAGAAGACGAGCACUUUGCGCAACAAGAGGAUGUCUAUAAUUGUCUAGGUGAAGAGUUCCUGGAUCAUAAUUUUGAGGGAUACCACACAUGUAUCUUUGCAUAUGGCCAGACAGGCUCUGGCAAAAGUUAUACUAUGAUGGGUACACCCGAACAGCCAGGAUUGAUCCCUCGAACGUGCGAGGACUUAUUCCAACGUAUUGAGGACUCGCCAUCUCCCAACAUCAGCUAUAACGUUCGAGUGUCUUACUUCGAAGUCUAUAAUGAGCACGUACGCGACCUUUUGGUACCACGGACAGAUCCACCGCAUUAUCUCCGCAUCCGAGAGUCUCCAUCUGAAGGGCCAUAUGUUAAAGACUUGACGGAAGUCACGGCAAGAAAUUAUGCGGAAUUAAUGAAAUUUAUGCGGAAGGGUGACAUGUCGCGCACAACCGCGAGUACUAAAAUGAAUGAUACCUCAUCGCGAUCACAUGCGGUCUUCACUAUUACGCUGAAACAGAUUCAUCAUGACCUUUCAACGGACGAGACAACAGAACGUACUGCGCGUAUUCGAUUGGUCGAUCUUGCAGGCUCUGAGCGUGCUAAGUCUACUGAAGCGACGGGUCAACGUCUUCGUGAAGGUUCUAAUAUCAAUAAAUCACUCACAACACUCGGACGAGUUAUUGCAGCUCUUGCAGAGCCCAAGAAGAUCCGUGGAGGUAGAAAAGGCAAGGAACUUGUUCCUUACCGCGACUCAAUUCUUACGUGGCUAUUAAAGGAUAGUCUGGGUGGAAAUUCGAAAACAGCGAUGAUCGCCUGUAUCGCACCGGCCGACUACGAAGAAACACUUUCCACGCUCCGGUAUGCGGAUCAGGCCAAGCAUAUCCGUACCCGUGCUCGAGUGAACCAAGAUCAUGUAUCUGCAGCCGAACGUGACGCGCAGAUUGCAGAAAUGACGGAAACAAUCCGAAAUCUACAGCUUAGUGUCAGUCAAGCGACGGAGAACCAGCGCGCCACUCAAAUGCAAGAUGAGAAGCUUGAUGAGUAUCAGCAGAAGGUAGAGAAGAUGCAGCGUCUUAUGGAGGAGACGAAAAUGGUUGGCGAUUGCAAGAUUCGCCAGUUACAAACCGAGAACGAGGCAUUGCGCAUGCACCUGAAAUUAGCCCUCGAAAGCCUCAAGAAUCCCAUCCCGCCAGUCACCUUAGAGAAACGUCAGCCUAGCUUGGCUUCAUUGUCGGAAGCAACGCUACCGCCGCAUGAGGACCCCAUAUCGAGAGAAGGCUCCCCUGUCAUACCAUCCGACUCCGAGCCGGACCUCUGGGAAGAUGAGGAAGACGAUGAUGAUACAGUAACCUGGGAUGAGAAUGAAAGUGAGGCGCAUCACAUGCAAUCCCAUAUGGAAGAUCUCCUUGGUGAUCUCAGCAUGUUCAAACGAAAGUUAGCCUCUGACCACGAACGCUGGCAACGUAAAGAACAAUCAAUGGCUCAUAAACGACGGGCAUUGGGAAAUAUCGCUGGAAACACCCGCUAG